CAACGGUGGAACGGUAGUACGUGCAUAACCGCUCUUUUGAGCGGUAAGUAGUAAUCAAUCUUACUUCUGCGCAAAACGCGUGACUUCAGCACUUUGCAGAAUGUCGAAGAGGGUACUCCUAAUUAUGGCAACCAAUGCGUGUUUUCUGUUGAUUGUGUUAGCAAAUAAUGAAUACCCAAAAUGCCGAAAAAAUGAAUUGCUAACUCCGAGAUCGUUCUGCUGUGAGCCAACGUGCAGCGAAGAUUGCUCAUACAAUAUAGCGAAAAAAAUUUGCUCCGAAAAACCUGCCUGUGUGUGCAAGCACGGCUUCGUACGACAUAAGAGCAAAUGCAUCCGGAAAAGCCGAUGCCCAAAACUAAAUGACACCAACUCAACACAAACAUCGACUACAGUGCAAUAUAUAACUUUAGAUAAUGAGCCGAAGCCAAAACGUCAUGUACCGUGUGGAUCAUGUCGAUCGUCAAAGUCACGCAACAGCACUUACAUUCCAGUACCUACAGCACCAACCCGAUGCACGUUCGAGUACAAUACCAAACGUAGCUAUCCAGUAAAUCCCAGCCCAGAACCACCAGUAGUGGAACCGAAGCCACCCACAACCAUCGUCGACCCUCCACCCCGAUCAAACUCUUAUCUAGUGGAACCUUACUACAACAGACGCAUUUCAACAGAAUCAAAAAAUGCUCCUUCCCAUGGCUGUGGUUGUUCUUAUGGAAAACCCAUAGAACCCGUACCACCAUCACUCUGCAAUCUAAAAACGUCGCCACCGACACAUACCACUACAACUCAACCGUACCCUUUGAAACCGAUUUGUCGAAGGUGCUCUAGGCCAACCCCGGCCACCAGACCACCGACAACCGCAAAAAGAUGUCCUUCGAAAUGUGAUCUACACCAGAAGCUCAGCAUUUGCAGGCCGUGCUGCGUUCCAACCUGCGACAAUGACUGCAGCAAAGCAAAGUGUUCUAAAAUUUGUAUUGCUGAGCUAACCUGUAUUUGUGUCGCCGGGUAUGUGAUGCACGAGGGCAGGUGUAUCCCGAAGGAUCAGUGUCCUCGGCCACCCUGGUAUUCUGAUCUGUCCGAUGAGAAUGACGAAUACUCGCCUAGAACUGGUUUCACGCCCUUUGCGCACAGCUCGGAUGAGUCGGAUCAAGCUUCUUCAUCUAUCGAGGAUCUAAGUGUUGUGGGGCACGGGUUCGACUCGGAAUAUGACGAUGACUGCGAGCAACUUAAAAAGUAACAGUGAUUCGGCUACCCGGCCUCACUUUUGUCGAGUUUUGAGCCUUAUGUAAAUAUAUUGUACAGUCCU